CUGCGGUGGCGUGGGCGCCGAACAAGCCGCUGGUGAUUGAGGAGGUGGAGGUGGCGCCGCCACAGGCGGGGGAGGUGCGGAUCCGCAUCACACACACCGCGCUCUGCCACACCGACGCGUACACUCUGGACGGCCACGACCCCGAGGGGCUCUUCCCGUGCAUCCUGGGCCAUGAGGCUGCUGGCAUUGUGGAGAGCGUGGGUGAGGGUGUGACGAGUGUACAGCCGGGCGACCAUGUGAUUCCGUGCUACCAGGCGGAGUGCCGCGAGUGCAAGUUCUGCAAGUCCGGGAAGACCAACCUGUGCGGCAAGGUCCGCCCCGCCACUGGCCGUGGUGUGAUGCUGUCAGACGGAAAGCCGCGCUUCACCGUGCGAGGGGAGCCGAUCUACCACUUCAUGGGCACCAGCACGUUCAGCGAGUACACGGUGGUUCACGAUGUGUCUGUUGCCAAGAUCAACCCAGAGGCGCCCCUUGACAAAGUGUGCCUGCUGGGCUGUGGCAUCCCCACAGGGCUGGGAGCGGUGUGGAAUGCAGCCAAGGUUGAACCCGGGUCCACCGUUGCCAUCUUUGGCCUGGGCACUGUUGGGCUCGCGGUGGCGGAGGGGGCAAAGGCAGCCGGGGCAUCGCGCAUCAUAGGCGUUGAUAUCGACCCUGCAAAGUUCGACACAGCCAAGGCCUUCGGAGUGACCGAGUUUGUGAAUCCCAAGGACCACAGCCGGCCCAUUCAGGAAGUUAUUGUCGAGCUCACAGACGGGGGAGUGGACUACAGCUUUGAGUGCAUCGGCAAUGUGGCAGUCAUGCGAGCAGCCCUCGAGUGCUGCCACAAGGGGUGGGGCGAGUCGGUCAUCAUCGGGGUGGCAGCGGCAGGGCAGGAGAUCUCCACGCGGCCGUUCCAGCUGGUCACGGGGCGUGUGUGGCGCGGCACGGCGUUUGGCGGGUUUAAGAGCCGCACGGACGUGCCCCAGCUGGUGGACAAGUACUUGAACAAGGAAAUUAAGGUAGACGAAUACAUUACACACAACCUGCCCCUUUCGAAGAUCAGCGAGGCCUUUGACUUGCUGCAUGGGGGCAAGUGCUUGCGCGCCGUGAUCCACAUGCAGGAGGAGCAGUGA